UUAUCGCGGAUGCUCAUGUCCAUUGCACUUGGUGGACCGUCUCUGUUAGCUGCAGACAAGAUGUUACGACAAGCAGUAAGAAGAUUCAGCAGGGAAGCCACAAAACGCGCCUUUUUGGGCCAAUCUGCACAAAAAACUUCAUAUAGACUACUUCCUGCAUGUGUUGCUAACUGUCAAAGAUUACUUUCUACUGAUACACCAAGUAAAGCUGCUGCAGCUGCCAAGAAAGCAGAGUCUGGCAGUACUAAAGUUGCUUCAGCUGGUGGUUUUGUUGGUCACAUUGUAGCAGUAAUUGGUGCUGUUGUAGAUGUCCAGUUUGAUAAUGGUUUACCACCAAUUCUUAACGCAUUAGAAGUACAAGGUCGUGAUUCUAGAUUAGUAUUAGAAGUAGCCCAGCAUUUAGGAGAAAAUGUUGUUCGGACAAUUGCUAUGGAUGGUACAGAGGGCCUUGUUCGUGGACAAUCUGUUAUAGAUAUGGGUGAUCCUAUUAGUAUUCCUGUGGGACCAGAAACUUUAGGACGAAUUAUGAACGUUAUUGGUGAGCCCAUUGAUGAGAGAGGUCCUAUUGUCACAAAAUCCAAAGCUCCAAUUCACACAGAAGCACCAGAAUUUGUAGAAAUGAGUGUCCAGCAAGAAAUCUUGGAGACUGGAAUAAAAGUUGUGGAUUUAUUAGCACCUUAUGCUAAAGGGGGUAAAAUCGGUCUGUUUGGUGGUGCUGGAGUUGGCAAAACUGUCCUGAUCAUGGAACUGAUUAACAACGUUGCAAAAGCCCAUGGUGGUUAUUCAGUAUUUGCUGGCGUUGGUGAACGUACUCGUGAAGGAAACGAUUUGUACCACGAGUUUAUGGAAACCGGUGUUAUCAAUCUCAACGAUGAUAGCUCUAAAGUCGCCCUUGUAUAUGGACAAAUGAACGAACCACCAGGUGCAAGAGCUCGAGUCGCCUUGACUGGAUUGACAAUUGCCGAAUAUUUCCGUGAUGUAGAAGGACAAGACGUGUUGCUAUUUAUCGAUAACAUCUUUAGAUUUACGCAAGCUGGUUCAGAGGUAUCAGCGUUACUGGGUCGUAUUCCAUCAGCUGUAGGAUACCAACCCACUUUGGCUACUGACAUGGGUAGUAUGCAGGAACGUAUUACAACAACACGAAAGGGUUCCAUCACAUCAGUACAAGCCAUCUACGUACCAGCUGAUGAUUUGACAGAUCCUGCCCCAGCCACAACGUUUGCUCACUUGGAUGCUAACACUGUAUUGUCUCGUGGUAUUGCAGAAUUGGGUAUCUACCCUGCUGUGGAUCCUCUGGAUUCCAACUCUCGAAUUUUAGAUCCAAAUGUAGUUGGUCAAGAGCAUUAUGAUAUUGCUCGUUCUGUACAAAAAAUCCUGCAGGACCACAAGUCACUUCAAGAUAUCAUCGCCAUUUUGGGUAUGGACGAAUUAUCAGAAGAAGAUAAGAACACUGUAGCACGUGCCCGUAAAAUACAAAGGUUCCUCUCGCAACCUUUCCAAGUUGCUGAAGUUUUCACUGGUCAUGCUGGAAAACUCGUUACGCUACAGGAAUCGAUCGAUGGUUUCAAGAAAAUUUUGUCCGGCGAAAUGGACCAUUUACCAGAAAUUGCGUUUUAUAUGGUUGGGAAUAUAGACGAUGUUGUCGAAAAAGCCAACCGUUUGGCAGAAGAAAGUUAAAUAACUGUUUUUCGAUAUAUAUAUGUUUCUAGUACGUGGUAAAUUUUAAAUUUAAAUAGAAAAUCAAA